GGUAACAUAACUGUUGGCAAUGGCUGUGUGGUGUCUGGAAUUGGACCUGAUGAUUACAAGGUGAAUGAAGCCUUGCAAAUACCAGGUCUUCUUUGUCUCCUUGGUUACAACAUCAGCUUUCCUCAUGUCAACAAUAAAUACAACAAAGUGUUUGUAGUGUUCGGCAUCAAUGAUAAUCCAGAGAACCUUGUGUCGAAUGAGGCCAGUGGAACAUUUUGUAAUAAAACCUGGAAAACGUUCUUUGAAAGGACUGGAAUAAAAUCAACUGAUCUGUGGAUGCAUGGUCUGCCUGAAGAGAAUAGAAACUUGUUCAAUGCGCGUCUAUUCCCAGUAGUUCAUCACAUUGGUAAUGAUAGCGAUGAUCCACCUCUCUAUGACUGUUUGUGGUUGGCUGGUAUCAAUGUGAAGACCAGCAAUGAAACCAUGAUUCAAAGGUGGUUUUCGUCGUUGCGGGUCUCUUUAAAGGAAAUCCUCUCCAACAUUGACCUUGGAGUAGAAUUCUAUGCGAGGAGACAGUUGUUCUUUGAUAUUGGACGGCGCCAUGUUGAAGCUGCGUUGAUGGGUGGGACCAAUGAGUGCUUCCUGCCAUUCCUGAAGACAUGCGCAGUAGAAGGCUUCCAUAAAGAGAUCCUAGAGACAAUGGACAAUGUUGCGUCCAGUAGUGGGUCGUCUAUGGGCGUGGCAGCACGUACCCUAGCCUGUAUUGCAGAUGUUCUCGGUGCAAUGGCUGGAGAAAAAGCAGGACUUCGUAGCGGACCUGCGCAAAAUGAUGCAUGGAAGCACGCGUUCCAACUGUUGGAGGACAAGAAAAUCGAAGAUGGUGUGAAGGCGUUGGCCCUGGAGAGAUCCAAGUGGAUGGACAGACCAGAUUUGUUGAUCAGAGCAGCGCGCCACUACGAAGGAGCCGAGCAGAUCCUAAGAAGACACGCUGUCAUGACAGCCAAACAGUUUAUGAAGUUUGAAAAGACUGACAUUCCUCCCAUGGACCGCUGGGUAAUCGCCGAAGCGCCAGUUCGAAUCGACUUCAGUGGUGGAUGGACAGACACGCCUCCUAUUGCAUACGAACACGGUGGAGUAGUUACGAACGUCGCCAUCAAGCUGGACGGCAAGAAACCACUGCAAGUAAAAGCCAAAAGAAUUCAUAAGUUUCAGAUAAUUCUAGUUAUUCUAGCCGGAAAACACAGUGUUCGCGUUGUAUGUGAAAAGUUAGAAGACUUGGCAGAUUACUCGCAACCUCAUGCUCCAGGUGCCUUGAUCAAAGCCUGCUUUUGUGCAGCAAAUAUAGUCGUCCUAGAUUCUCCAAAGUCACUCGCUGACCAGCUCAAAGAGCGAUACGGCGGCGGCUUCGAGGUACAUUCCUCCGCUGACGUUCCUUACGGAAGUGGACUGGGCACGAGCAGUAUUUUAGCAGGCGUUGUCAUGGGAGCCGUGUUGCGAGCCUCUGGACUCACUGCAGAUGUCACAUCUCUGAUCCAUGCUGUAAUGGUGGUGGAGCAAAUGUUGACCUGUGGGGGUGGGUGGCAGGAUAACGUUGGUGGUCUUGCUCCAGGAUUCAAGAUUGCUAGCUCCAAAGCUUCGCUACCUAUCGAAGUAGAGUACGAAGUGCUGAGUGUGUCCGAUUCGAUGGUUGAUCAACUGAACAAAUGUCUGGUUUUUGUUUACACUGGGAAGACAAGAUUGGCCAAGAACCUCUUGCAGGUGAAAGAAGACUUAGAACCUAAUGACAUCAAAGAAGAGCGCCUUGUUAUUCAUUCUUUCAAUCAGAAUGUGGUUCGUAAUUGGUACGGCAGACAGCCAAACAUAGUCAAAGUCGUAGAUGAUCUGGCUGAUAAUGCUAAAACACUAGCCAAAGCACUAGUAGAUGGGGAUCUAACCCUAUUUGGACAGUGUGUCAGUAAUUACAGAGAACACAAGAAACUCAUCGCACCAGGAACCGAACCAGAGGAUAUACGUAGAAUGAUGGAAGACAUUCAACCUUAUGCCUACGGCCAGUGUCUCGCAGGAGCAGGUGGUGGUGGGUUUCUGUGCGUGAUUGCAAAGUCUCCUGAAAUGCGCCAGAAAAUCGAAGAAACUUUAGGAAACACAAAGUUUUCAGAUGAAGUUGCCUUCCACGAAGUUUCUAUCGAUAACGAAGGUCUCACAAUCAGAAUUGAAUAAUUAAGUAAUAUAAGAAAAUAUUGUUUGGUCAAUUAAGACAAUUAGAUUGUAUAAAUGAUACACACAAUACGUCUGGAAGAACUUGGGUAAACCUAUUAGUACCUAUUAGCUUUUUCCGUGCGUCUUCAAGUUCGUCUCAUACAUUGAAGAAAUAGAAAACACACGCGCACGCUUUUUGCAGUUAUAGAGCACUUGCGAAUGGGUAGCGCAGAACUCAAGAAAUUUUUUAAAGAGAAACGCGGCGCGUAGUAGGCUCAAUCUCCAGCCGACCAUUGUGGGCGCACGAAACCACGAUGGCUAGGGACUGAGCCUAAACGCGUAGCAGACACAGGCAGUUUUUAGUGUACCUUGAAACUCCCGCCACGAGUAUAAAAAGGCAAAAGACAUGGCGGUCAUGUUGGUUGACAUAGCCAAGACCAAAGCUUACGGUUCGAGUGAACCAACAUGGCAGCUAUGAAGACACAUGCACUUCAAGAAUUGAAGAAGCUUGUGUGACGAGUAAAAUUUUCACAUAUAUAUUUAAUAUUUUUGCACAAGUGAAUAUCAUAAAUCCGGCGCGCUCAUUGGUCACAAUUUUCUUAUGCUGCUAUUUAUAACCUACAGGUAAAUAUAGAGCGCACGAGCACGCUGGUUUGUCGAUUUGUGCCGCUUACAGAGAUAAAUAAUGUCUGGGGAAAAUUCAAAAAAUAACAUUCUUUCUUCGUUAUUUAUUAAUUACUUGCGUCUCGGUAAAUAUUGCCCGAUAUUCACUUUGCCUUCGGCAAAUAAUUGUUACUAUGUUCACUGGAACACGUGAAUAGUCAAAAUAAUUCCAUACGAAAUCGAGGGUAACCCUGUAGAACAGAGAAUUCGAACUGGAGUAUCAAAAUAGAUAAGAAUAAAAAACAAAGAAAUGAAUUCUAACCA